AUGGCACUCUGCUCAGCUAUCAUCACUGUGCGUGAGCGUGAUGGGGACGGGGUCGAGACUUGGAAGUUGGACUGGAUAGAGGGGAGCUCUUUCGAAUCAGUUGCCAAAUUCUUUGCGACGGAGGAGCAGGUUCCCCACGAAGAUGUGGCCAAGCUCUUGCAUGAGUUUGAGGUUGGAGGUGCAGCAAAGUACCCAUACUUUUCUCGUGGCGAAAAGAACUCCCUCGAUGGAUCUGGCAAAUCGAUGCUUCUGUCCGGACCCCUCUCCAAGAAGGCCAGCUGGAAGAAGCACAAGGCAUUCUUCACCAGGAACAAGACUGGCACCACCAAGUCUUUAGACGCUUGCAGAACCUGCGGAGUUUCCAAGAGCAAAUUGGAGGCAUGGUACGUUCAGACCCGAGGGGGGAAGUCGUACCCACGAGGCACUCAGUGCAGGGAUUGCGAGUAUAAACGGCGGUUCCCACUAAAGCCACCGCCGCUGCCUGUCCAGAAAAGGAGCAAGAAAGAAAAAGUGGAAUAG